AUGUCGACGGCUUUGUCAUUUGUUGCUAGACAAGUUAACACUUCGGCGAAGUUGGAAAACAUUGUUUCUGACUCGUUACGCUCAGAUGAAGCCCUGGUCGAAAUGCAUGCCACGGGAGUCUGUCCUAUAGACUUCGCUUGCAUGAAUGGAACACUGCCAGCAGGAUUUCCGAGUGUAUUUGGACAUGAAGGCGGUGGCGUGGUUUUGGAAGUGGGAAGGAACAUUAAGCACCAACAGAGGCAGGACAAAGUCUUGUUAGCUUUGAUUACUGCUCCACAAUGCGAUUCUGGACACCCGGCGUACUACCAGGAAUGGGCUCAACGUAACUUUGGGCAGCAAAGAAUGGAUCAGAGUCUAUGUCUGUCAACAGCGGAUGGAACGGAGGUACAUGGGAACUUUUUCGGACAGAGUUCAUUUGCUCGUCAUGCCAUCGUGAGUGGUAACCCGGUGGUGAAGGUUCCAUGGACCACGCCGCUCAGUGUCUUUGCUCCACACGGUUGCAGCGUCCAGACGGGAGCCGGGGCUAUACUAAACACCAUGGAUGUGCAGCCCGGCAAAACCGUUGCCAUUUUCGGUGUUGGUUCAGUAGGUAUGAGUGCAGUCAUGGCGGCGAAAAUGAGGGAGGCCGGCAUGAUCAUUGCAGUCGACUUGCACAAUCGACGGCUGGGAUUGGCAAAAGAACUAGGUGCUACUCAUGCUAUUCUUGGUUCAGAUGAGGAUGUCGUUGCACAGAUUCAGAACCUUUCCGGGUCAAAUGGUGUGGAUUACUCCGUUGAUUGUGCCGGCGUACCUCAGGUGGUCGAAAUAGCUUUGGAUUGCCUUAGGACGCGCGGAAAGGCUGCAACUGUAGGGGCCCCCACACCUGGGAAAUGUGCAGGGGUGGACAUUUUUGCGCACCUGGUCAUGGGACGGCAGUACAUCGGAUGCUGUGAAGGUGACAGCGUUCCUGCUGAGAUGCCACCUUAUCUUAUCGAGCAACACGCAAAGGGGCAAUUUUCUCUAGAGAGAAUUUUGUCCUCCUAUCCAGUCAGGGAAUAUGACUUCCAGGAUAUCAAAGAUGGUGUAAGGCAUUGA